AGUCGUCUAGAACGUUCUAUCUGCAGCUAGAAAGCCCCUUUUAGCUUCAAGACAGAUACCAGCAAAACCCUAAACCCUAGAAACCCCAUUGAGUCCAACUUAAUUGUCUAUUCUCCUCUUCAUCUUGCACUUCUGAGAUCCACCUGAUGUCCACCGCAGCUCUCAUCCGCUCGUUACGACGUCGCGACGUCGCCUUAGGCCCUGUUUAUGCUUACAAGUGUUUAAGUAGCAAUUUGAAACCAUCAUGGUCCCCUUCUAACCUUGGUUAUAAUUGGGCAAGUUUGUCAAGAGCAUUCAGUGCAAAGCCGGCUGGCAAUGAUGUUAUUGGUAUUGACUUGGGUACCACCAAUUCAUGUGUUGCUGUCAUGGAGGGGAAGAAUCCCAAAGUCAUUGAAAAUUCUGAAGGAUCUAGGACCACCCCUUCAGUGGUUGCCUUCAACCAGAAGGGAGAGCUACUUGUGGGUACUCCAGCAAAGCGGCAGGCUGUGACCAAUCCAACCAACACUGUUUUUGGAACUAAGCGUUUGAUUGGUAGGAAAUUUGAUGAUCCUCAGACCCAGAAAGAGAUGAAAAUGGUUCCAUACAAGAUAAUAAGGGCACCAAAUGGAGAUGCAUGGGUUGAGGCCAAUGGGCAGCAGUAUUCACCUAGCCAGAUUGGUGCCUUCAUUUUGACAAAGAUGAAAGAAACUGCAGAGUCUUACCUUGGAAAAACAGUUACAAAAGCUGUUAUAACUGUACCGGCAUAUUUCAAUGAUGCUCAAAGACAAGCAACAAAGGAUGCUGGGAGAAUUUCUGGCCUUGAUGUGCAGAGAAUCAUUAAUGAGCCUACGGCAGCUGCACUGUCCUAUGGUAUGAACAACAAGGAGGGUCUAAUAGCAGUUUUUGACCUUGGUGGUGGGACAUUUGAUGUUUCAAUUUUAGAGAUCUCUAAUGGUGUUUUUGAGGUGAAAGCCACAAAUGGUGACACAUUUUUGGGAGGAGAGGACUUUGACAAUGCACUGCUGGAGUUCUUAGUGAGUGAAUUCAAGAGAACUGAGGGAAUUGAUCUAACAAAAGACAGGCUGGCUCUGCAGAGGCUUCGUGAAGCAGCAGAAAAAGCUAAGAUAGAGCUCUCAUCAACAGCCCAGACUGAAAUCAACUUGCCAUUUAUUACAGCUGAUGCAUCUGGUGCAAAACAUCUAAACAUUACUCUAACCAGAUCCAAAUUUGAAAGUUUAGUAAAUCACUUAAUUGAAAGGACUAGGGAUCCAUGCAAGAAUUGUUUGAAAGAUGCUGGCAUAUCCACCAAAGAGGUUGAUGAGGUCCUCCUUGUUGGAGGAAUGACCCGUGUGCCCAAGGUUCAGGAAAUUGUAGCAGAGAUCUUUGGAAAAAGCCCGAGCAAAGGAGUAAAUCCUGAUGAAGCAGUUGCUAUGGGAGCUGCAAUUCAGGGUGGUAUUCUUCGUGGGGAUGUCAAAGAGCUGCUCCUUCUGGAUGUCACUCCUCUAUCCCUUGGUAUCGAGACUCUUGGUGGGAUAUUCACAAGGUUGAUCAACAGGAACACAACAAUUCCUACUAAGAAGAGUCAGGUGUUCUCUACAGCAGCUGAUAACCAAACACAGGUGGGUAUCAAGGUGCUCCAAGGUGAGCGUGAAAUGGCAUCUGACAACAAACUUCUGGGCGAGUUUGAACUCGUGGGUAUUCCACCAGCACCAAGGGGUUUGCCUCAGAUUGAGGUGACAUUUGAUAUUGAUGCCAAUGGUAUUGUCACUGUUUCUGCCAAGGACAAGUCCACUGGAAAAGAACAACAGAUCACCAUCCGAUCAUCUGGUGGUCUUUCAGAAGAUGAGAUUGAGAAGAUGGUUAAGGAGGCUGAGCAAUUUGCCCAGAAAGAUCAGGAAAGAAAGGCUUUGAUUGACAUAAAAAAUAGUGCAGACACAACUAUCUACAGCAUUGAGAAGAGUUUGGCGGAAUAUAGAGACAAGAUUCCUGCUGAAGUUGCCAAGGAGAUUGAGGAUGCUGUUGCAGACUUGAGGAAGGCAAUGGCGGGAGAUAAUAUUGAUGAGAUCAAAUCCAAACUCGAUGCUGCUAACAAAGCUGUGUCAAAGAUUGGAGAGCACAUGUCCAAGGGCAGUGGUGGGGAUGGUGCAUCUGGUGGUUCCCAGGGUGGCGACCAGACUCCAGAAGCGGAGUAUGAGGAGGUCAAAAAGUGAGUUUUAUAUUGUAACUUAUUAGCUUCAUUUGAAGGGUCUAAAGCCACGUCUAAGGUAAAAUCUUUUGGAAAUUUUAUUCUCUUUAGGAUAUAUAGUUUUUGAAAUAGUUUUUUAUGUAUCUAAAUGUUUGAGCUUGAAUGUAUUAGCCAAUUAGGAUGUUUUUUGUUCAUUCAAAAACUGCGAAUGGAGGGGGAGCCCUCACUAUAUCAAUAACCAAAAUUUUCUGAA